CUAUUAUAUAUCUGCGGACUUUAUAUUAUUUUAUAAGAAGGCUAAAGCCUCUUAGUAAGUUACCUUUUUUUUCCCAUUUUAUAUACCAAACCCACUCCUCCGCCCACCGGACACCUCCGUGUAUCAGCUUCAAAACACCACACGUCACAGCUUUAGCCCACCACCGUCCACUUCUUCCACCUCACAGACAAUGGGGCCCUCCCUGCAAUUCCUGCACCGCCAAUCCUGAUCACUUCAGCCUGCGGCCGUUCUCAUGGAUUCCCUGUCGCAGCGGCGUUAGAGCAGCGGCCUUAUGCUGGCGGCUGCUGCUGCUGUUUUGCAUCAACAAGGCCGGCGUAUAUUAUGGCUUGCACACAUAUAUUGUCUCGAAACCAUGUGUUUCCAGUAUCCCCUUGGCUCGUAUAAAUGCAAAUUGGUCCCCCUUUGCUCGCCCUCGCUGCGCGGCCCGGUUCCCUUGUACACUUCACCACCGACUUACACAUCUCAAUAGAAGACCAACAACCGCAAACAUGCGAUCAACAACGCUAGCGUUGUCGUUUGCUGCGACACUUUCAACAUUGAUAUCCUCAACUUAUGCCUCCGACUUUGACAGCAAACUAGUCCUCCGCGCAGAUGAAGUCAUCCGUCGACCAUAUGCCACGCUAUCCAGCCACGAGGACGGUGUCCACCGCCGAGCGGUUGCCGAAGCAAACAAAACCGUCGAAGGCAUCCCAGUAAAAGCAGAUGGCACCAUAGAUUUGAAGGCUUGGGAAGAUUCUACGGAUAGGGCUUGCAAACUGGCGCUCAGUCACAUUACCGAGAGCAGUAACCCCUCUGGCAACUGCAUCUGCUACAACCUCCCGUCGCUGGAUACAAAGACGGGUGUUUUUGCAGCCGAUCUUCGAUUAUAUCAAGUUUCUGAACCUCGUGGCCCGUUUGCUGGCAUGUCGGCCUCGGAUAUCAAAGUCAGUGUCGCGUACAAGGGGGCUAGCGCCAGCACCGUAUCGCCUGACCAGUUUACCGGAGCUGGCAUGGUGGGCAAUGUCUCUGGGCUCAUGCGGCGAGACGAUGGCCCUGCAGGACCAAAGCUUAUGCAGCUAUAUCUGCUAGUCGGCCAGAUUGAUAAAAAGACCAAGCUCGAUGGCCUCAGCUUGUCCGCCUUUGAAGCAUUAACCUUACCAACACUUACGCUUAGCGGAACAAACUCCUCGGGAGCCCAAGUUACCAGCGAGGUGUCUCUCAACGAAGCAUCAUUUUUAACGGGCAUCUUUUCACAGCACGUUAUCCAGUCCGACUUUGCCGCCGCCCAGGCCGCUGUCAACGAUCAACUCGCUGCCUUGGCGAAUGGUACUGUGGCAUUCGUGCUUCCAGGAACUCAAGUCAUGAUCCUCCCCAUUGGCAGUAUCAUCACGUCAAUAUGGCUGGUUGUUGGUUUGGCCGCGUACGGUUUUGGCACCUUUCAGAGAAUGCAUUACGCCGCGGCAUUCCGAGAACGAAACAAGGCCAUGUAAAGUUUAGUGGAUGAUGGGUAGAUUUUAACGCUAUGUAUUACUAGAAAUAUAAUGACAAGGCUCUGGUAGCCUCCUUUC